AUGGCGGUCUAUUGUGACGGCACGCAACAACGUGGCGAAGGGAGAAGGUGGGGUGCACGUGGCGCGGUGGAUUCGUGGGUGAUGAUACAGAUGGCACUCGAUGAUGACGUUGUACGAAUCGAGAAAAUGGAAACACCUGGGUCAUGCGAACGUGUUUUGUAUGAACGUCGUUACGUGUUUGAUGAGGGUUGGGUUGGUACGGGAAGAAUCGGUGGAGGGUCACUGCCUUGGGCUUGGGCCACGUGGAUUGACCUAGAGGGGGUAAACGUGUACGCAUAUGAUGCCAUUGAAUCGUUGUUGAUGGUGACGGAUCCCGAGUUUCAAUUUGGAUCUGUUGGACGGUGUUGUCUCUAUCCAGGCCCAAGUCAUGAGCCCAAUAUGGCUUGGGCUACCAAAGUUCCUUGGUUGGCGCAGGAUGUGUCUAUGGCUUUAUGCUGUUGGAUGGCAUUGGCAUCUCAGCACUCACAAACAUCCUUUUAA